AUGAGGAUCGAAUAUUUGCGGACCGCGAAAUACCAGAAGAGAUCCAAUAUCCAGACGAUUCUCGCAAAAACAAAGAUGCCCAAAAAUCGUCCAAUUGAUUGGAUUACAAAUCGCCAGAACCCUUCACAAUCUUUUAUUGCCACAUUAUCUUCACAACCAGCAAAAGUUGCCCGACCAUACGCAACCUACGCCCUCCCAGCUCUCCGAAAUUCAACCCCUUCACCAGCCGAACAAGUUCACGAACAAACCGAAAAACCCAGCCAAAAUCCAAAAAGUGAAGAAGUUUCUGCACUCAACGAAAAUAUUGCUCUCAAAAAGGAUCAACUAGCAGCACUAGAAAAAGCCUACAAAUUGGUGGGAUCGAAGCCUCCUGUUUCUUCAAAGAAAAAGCUGCCGAAAAAAGGAAAAACUGCAAAAGACCAGCUUUUUCUUUUCGCCAGAACUGAACUGUCGCCAAUUCGACCCCUACCGCAUUUGGAAGCGAUGAUGUUAAAACUAGAGCUACUAAAACUGCGAAACGGCCUCAACACUGAAAUCCUCACUGCACAAGAUAAAUUGGAAGAACUUCAAUAA